AUGCCGUGCGGGCAGCCCGACAGCGGGGCCGCUCCGGCGCGGUACGUGCUGGGGGUGGACGUGGGCAGCACGGUGGUGAAGUGCCACGUCUACGACCGGGCGGCCGCCGUCAGGGGUUCCAGCCACAGGAAGGUAGAAUCACUUUAUCCUCGUCCUGGAUGGGUUGAAUUAGAUCCUGAAGUGCUAUGGAGUCAAUUUAUUGGUGUAAUAAAAGAGGCUGUACAAGCUGCAGGACUUCACAUGAGGCAAAUUGCUGGUCUUGGCAUCUCCACCCAGAGAGGAACUUUCAUUACAUGGCACAAGAGGACAGGGAAACCCUUUCAUAAUUUCAUAAGUUGGCAAGACUUAAGAAGUGCUGAACUUGUGAAUUCCUGGAAUAACUCCCUUCUGCUGAAGGUAAUCCAUGUUAUUUUUACAGUGCUUCAUUUCUUGACUGGGAAUGAUCGAUAUUUGGCACCCAGUUUUCUUACUUUCUCAACACAUCAAGCUUCUAUGAAGUUGUCAUGGGUUUUUAAAAACAUACAUGAGGCUGAAGAAGCUGCCAAAAAAAACAACUGCUGCUUUGGAACGGUUGACACAUGGUUACUGUAUAGAUUGACUAAAGGUUCUGUGUAUGCUACAGAUUACUCAAAUGCCAGUUCCACAGGCAUUUUUGAGCCCUUUACGAAAUGUUGGAAUCCCACUUUGUGUAAUCUACUUUCUAUUCCAGUGUCUAUUUAUCCACCAGUUAGAGACACAAGCUUCAACUUUGGAUCAACUGACUCUGAAAUAUUUGGGGUACCUAUUCCAAUAAUGGCAGUGGUAGCUGAUCAGCAGUCAGCCAUGUUUGGAGAAUGCUGCUUUCACCCAGGAGAUGUUAAACUGACAAUGGGAACAGGUGGCUUCUGGAAUGUCAAUACUGGAGAGCAUCUCUUUGCAGCACGGGGAAGUCUUUAUCCACUGAUUGGUUGGAAGAUUGGGGAGGAAGUUGUUUAUUUAACUGAAGGCUCCAUAUCGGACGUCGGCACUGCCAUAAAAUGGGCUCUGGAUAUAGAACUUGUCAACAAUGUAGAUGAAACAGCAGAAAUGGCACAGAGUACUGCUGAUUCUCAAGGUGUUUGUUUCAUUCCAGGUUUGCAGGUUUCUGGGGAUGACCCAUAUUUAUGUGCCUCUUUCGUGGGGCUGAAACCUUCCACUAACAGAAACCACCUUGUUCGAGCUAUAUUGGAAUCUGUAGCUUUCAGGAACAAACUGCUUUAUGAUAUCAUUGUGAAGAAGGUGCACAUUCCUCUUCGAACUAUUCGAGCUGAUGGAGGUGUCAGUAAUAAUAGUUUUGUCAUGCAGAUGACAUCAGAUUUAAUUAAUAAAAAAAUAGAAAAACCUGCGAACACGGAAAUGUCUAGUCUUGGUGCAGCUUUUCUAGCAGGCCUUGCUUCAGGAUUUUGGACAGACAAAAAACAACUAAAGAAGCUAAGGCAAAUAGAAGCAAUGUUUGAGCCCCAAAAGGAUUCAGAGGAAUACAGACCUGCUAUGGAUGCAUGGCUGCAAGCAAUGAAACACUCACCACACCGGUAGAAAUUUGUGUUUUAAAUUUAGAAGAAUUAAGACGAUUUAAUUCGUGUUUUAUAACAUCUUGACAUUAACAGGACAGUAAAAAGCCAUAACUGAAAUUUGUGAUGGUGUAUUAUAAGUCAUGUGGUAUUUCAGUUCCCCCCCUGCUGCUGGAUUAUUUACCAUACUGUAAUGAACCUUCCCAUCAUCCCUGUGGCAGCUGUGGUCCAGCUGCAGCAUUUGUGUCCCUUCAGUGACCUCCUUUGGGUGGCCCAGCUGCUCCAAUCCUCCCAUGGGCUGUUCUAACUGGGAUGGGUUUUUCACUGAGCAGCUCACCUCCCUUUAGAUCUUGAAAAUCUUGCCUGUGUUCAUCAUCCAGGAAGGGUAAAAGGCACAUUGACUCCCCUAGGCAUUGCUAAGAAACAAAAUGAUUGUUGGGGCUGGGUUGUGAGGAAUUCAAUUGUGUGCAAAGACAUUAUUUUGGUAGUAGCCUGUUACCACCUUUUGGUUGACACUAGGUGCUGUGAUCACAUUAUUUGUGCACUAGAUCAAGAUGAAAUACAAAAGCAAAUAGGCUUUUAACACUCCAUUAAAAAAAUCCAGGAUUUUUGUAGCUGAUACUUUGUAGCUAGCUUGUAGCUCAAUUUUUAAAAAUUUUAUAAAGACUGAAAGCAAUCUUAUCUGGAGUGGCCAGCACAGAUACAUUAAAACUAGUUCCAGGUAUGCUAUCUAACUUGUAAAUAUCUGUACUGUUAGUAUCUUCAAGGCCAUUUUUAAAUCCUAUUAUUAAUAGCUAAAAGGGAGUAAAAAGUCUAUUUUUGAAGCUAUAAAUUACUUUUGUAUUUUUUAAACAAAUAAAAUAUAAUUAAAGAAAUGUGUAGUUAAUUAUUCUUAUAUAAUUGUUUAUUUCUAAUAUUAAAUUAUUGUAAUUUUCUCAGGAUUAUGUGUAAAUCAGCUUCCAAAAUGCAAAAUGAUUAAACAUUUUAAUUUCAGAAUAA